GUUCAACAGAAAAUGUUUAUAUUGGACGCGUUUGUUUGAUUAACAGCUGGCUUCUAGUUACAAUUCAAGAUUUGUCAGCAUGACCAAAAUACGUGCGUCUAAGUUACGUGGUAAACCCGAAUCUGAGCUACAAAAACAGCUUGGAGAGUUGAAGACAGAACUUGGAAACCUUCGUUUGUAUCGCGUUACUAGAGGUACAUCCUACCAUGGAAAGUUGAAGAAAAUUCGAACUCUCCGGAAGUCGAUAGCACGUGUGUAUACUGUCAUUCAUCAGGCUCAGAAAUUGCGUCAGAGGGAAGCCUACCGUUCGAAAAAAUAUGUACCAAAGGACUUGAGACCAAAGAAAACUCGAGCCAUACGAAGAAGGUUAACAAAAAAAGAACAGUCCAUCCACUCUGCGCGGUCAAUGCGUAAGGCACGAGCAUUCCCAAGACGUGUUUUUGCAAUUAAGUGCUGAUGAAUAUAGGUAUUGUCUGGCACUAAGUUCAUUUUCGUAACAUUAAAAAUUGGUCGUCCGGUC